AGGAGAAGAAGUUAGUCAUUGAGAGAAGUUACACAAGUUAUAAAACAAGGAGAACUUCUGGUGUCAUGUCCGGUUGUUGAUGAACUGUCACUGACCGGAUGGAGGCGGACAGCGGCGGAGCCUGACCUCCGUCCGUGCCGGUGUCGGUUCCUCGGUGGCUCCCCGGGGCCUCGUCAUGUCUCUGUCCGGCUCCGGGAGCCUCCUCUCCCGCAGGAACAUCAAGCUGGACUCGUUCCUGAAGCGGAGCAUGGGGCGCGCCGUGCACGAGCGGGUGCGCGCCUCGGAACCGUGCGUGGUGGUGUCGGACGCCUUCAACAAGGUGUACAUGCACGCGGUGCUCAGCGACGAGCGCGUGUACCUCACCGAGCACGCGCCGCGCACUCUCACCGUGGCCGUCAGCUUCGGGCGCGUGCUCGGCAUCGAACUGGUCAAUGACCUCCCAGAGUUCCUCAGUGGGAGGGACCGGGAACACUGCCAGCACAUUCGAAUCCUCUACGUCAGCGACCAGCCGGCCACCAGGGCAUUUGAUUGGUUGAGGAGAGACAAGGGGGUGGGACUUCCUCUCGCAGCCUCGCCGUCUCGCAGAUCCAGUCACUGCCCGUCGAUAACACGCACCUCAGAAGGAGGACAUCCUGCGGAGAGGAACCACUGGAGGACAGAGGAGGUCCGGGUGUUGAAGCCCGGCCGCUCUGCUUCCUGUCCGAACCCCGAGACUCUGGGGCUCCUCAGGGUCCCGCAUCCCCCCACCCAGCCCCCUCUGUACCCCCCCACCAGCUCCUCGUCUCCCUCAGAGCGAAGCCAGAAGUCCCUCCAGAGCGGUCAGGUUCCGAGGAGGAUCGGCUCGGUUCUGUCUCGUCUGCUGAGAAGAGACUUGGUGGAGGGCGGAGAGCGGAGGGAGGCGGAGCUGCACCUUUACGCCGUCUCUCAGACGUCCAGACUUUACCUGCACCUCCAGAGCGCGUGGAGCGGUUUCAUCAUCAGGUCGACUCUGUUGUUGGAUCCGCUCUACAGAAGAAAGUGCAGCUCGUCAUCUGACUCACAACGUCCUGUCAUCAGCUGGGAGCGGACGGCUCACCUGUUCGCUCAGCUGACGUCUGAGCUGCUGCAGGACGGGAUCAACGAGGAGAGUUUGUAUCUGCUGCUGCAGGAGCUGAACGUCGCCGCCCACCGCAACGUCGCUCUACGCCGACUCUUCUGGAGGUCCGGUGAGUUGUGUGUUUUCCUGGUUCAGACUCUGGAGGAGUGUCUUCACGGCCGUCAGAGCCUCAGUGGCGUCUACUCAGCAGAUCAGCUCCUUCUGAGCAUCGUGGUCGUGGAGACGCUCGCCGUCAUGUUCAGGGAGACGCAGGCCGAAGCUUCCAGACUAAACCUGCUCUCUGCCAGAAAAGGCGCCCUGACCUCCAGGAUCCUGCUCGCCCUGAUCUGUGAUCCGCUGACGCAGAGCAGAGACUUUCUGAUGGACUCUGAGACUCAGGUCUUGCUGUCGGAGUACCUGGACGCCGCCUGCUCGCUGCUCUUCGAGCUGCUGCUCCUCGGCCACGAGGCGACUUCAGGUCCUGUUUUCACCGAGUGUCUCAGGAGCAGCAGAUGUUUCUCUGCAGACGACCUCCUCUCUGUCGAUUGGCUCCUGCGAGUCGUGCAGCCUCAUCCUCACCUGCUCUCCUUCAUCACCCACCAGGCCCAGCAGGUGGUGCUGGUUCUGUCCGACCUGCAGGAGUCGGUCCUCUGUCCCGUCCAGGCCGUGCUGUUGUUCCAGCGCUGUCGCCUCCUGCUGGCCUGUCUGCAGCACAGCAGCCUGCUGGCUCAGCACCUCCGCUCCGACAUGAGGGAAGAGUUCAGGUAUUUGGUGAAGACGUCGUGUGCUGCGGAGAAGCUGCCGCCUCGUUACCCAAUCAGUGGACAGACGGUGCGAGAGGUGGAGCUCCUGCUGACGCUGCUCAGAUGAUUUUCAUGCAGAGAAGGCGGACGUAC